AUGGCAGGCUCCGAACCUGCAAUCGGAGCACCCCUGCCUAGAGAUGCUCGCCACAGGUAUCAGGUCUCCCGAGACGACCACUCCGGUGUUCUCCUUGCCCACCACCGGGUUUGGGCCCCAGUCUUGCUGCUGCAUCUCCUUUCUCCAUACCAAGCAUCACUGAAGAUCCUGGAAGAACAUGUGGUGCCUCAGCAGCUUGCCAUUACUUCUGCCCGUCUUGCAUCCCUUAGGGCUGUGAGACCUCUUGCAGACUGCUCGCAGGUAACUUCUCCUCAACUUCCUAACUCGACGGACCACCCUGUGCUAAAGUGCCCUACCUGUGCCUUUCGAGGGAUCAUGGAGCCAGCCUCUGGGCAGAGCUGGCCAAACUGGCAGGCAGCACUUGUCCCGCUUACAGUCGGGACAGAAGUGGAGGUGACUGAUGGCCACAGACAGCACCUUAUAGGCCGCCGGGUGAUUGUGCUCCCUACCUUGGAGUGCGAUCGCAACACCACCCGGAAUGUGCGGAUGAUACAAGGACCUCGAGCUGAACAACGACGUAUUUAUACGAUCGACAGGGAACACCUCGUUCCCCGACUGGGGUCGGAGGCUACACAAGCUUCCAUGUGUGAUGGAAUGGAGCCGAGUCUGAGGUGGAGAUGUGCACCCUCACCAUUAACCAUCUUCAGCGCACGUUACCUUCUUGGCUACCAGGCCCUGGCGACCAUGGUGCCCCCGGCGGCACCCAAACGGAGUCCAGCUGGCCACUAUGUCCAUCCCCCGCUGGAAGAUGCUUCGCUUGAGGCACCCUGGGAAAAACACGCUGACCCAGCUAGCAAUCGGCCCUUCUACUACCACCCGGGGACAAAGCAGGUGACUUGGCGAAAACCACGGCCGGCUCUGGUCCUUCCGAGGGAAGAGGAGAUUGGGCCCACCAAGCCCAGGCGAGGCAGGUCUGAGAUACCAGAGCCGCGCACUCCUAGCCCACCUCCUUCCAAGCGGGUGAGAAUGCAUCCCACCACUGAUGCUCGGCAGAGAACUAUGAGCUCUGAGGCCCAGUCGUCAGGCUCUACUGCAGCCAAAGGGAUGCCAACCGCAGAGAGGAAGCCCGCUCCGGACUUUGAUCCUCAAUCUUCUGGUGGCCCUUCCGAGUGGAACUUGGCCGAUCAUGCUUUACCUGACCGGGUACUGCUCUGGGGAGCCAAAGCCAGGUCACAGCUACCACAACCGCCCAGUGCCCCUGCCUGCACUUUGGACGUGGAAAGAUUUCUCAAGAGUUUCUUCAGGACACGGCAAGGCCCAGAUGGCACAUCCCUUGCAACCUUACUUGGCGACCCGGCCCAGCAACCUGAUGGUUGGUGGCGUGUCCCUUGGACACCGCUGGGACCAUCGCACUGCGAGCUGCUGUGUCAGAGUGGUUGGCUACGUGGCUGGCACGGAUGCAAGAUGGAGGCACUAUACUCCAUCAUUUACCAUGGACAGCUUCUGCCGAGCAUCGAUGAGUCGAAGGGUGACAGGUUUCUGGCAGGCUGUCCAGGGGUGUACUUGCACCGAGACAGCCUGCAACACAAGGUGGAGAACUACAUGAGAUGGAUACCACUAUGUGGAGACGGUCUCUUUUGGGCUGCCAAGUGGGAGGUGGUGUAUGCUCCCUCGGGGAGCACUAAGCAUGGCAAGCGAACAGAUCAGGUUAUACAAAGUGCUGAAUCGGUGGAGCUGGUAGCCCUCUGGCUCUCGGUGCGCUCCGAGAACAUGCUGCCUGACGGGACUGCUGUGCAGGCCAAAUGGACUCCUGAACGUGAGGCCAAUCCACGCCUCACUCAGUCCAGGCGAAGAAGCAGUGCUCUGAUACAGACCAUGGACCUCACGGAACCGUCUGCCUCUUCCAGGCCUCUGCCCAGCUCCAGCCUGAGUUCUGACCCGGCGAUCGACAACAAAGGCCGACUCAAGCCGACGCCUAAAACACGUGGUCGCUUGUCACACAUCCCUUCUGAAUUGGAGAAGGACCGGACGCCAGCACAAGCGAAGCUCACCAUACAGUCGGGCAAUCUGGUGCUGAAGUCGGCCACAGCAAAUAGCUUGGAGGCUACGACUGCUACGACAACCACUCCGGCUGCCACCUCGGAAGUCUCGCCCCAACAGCCCCCGUCAGAUCUACCUUGCCGAGGACCCAAACGGGCUCGACCUGACACUUCCCCUGCCACUCCGACGCCACGGAAGAUGCAGACAAGGCCCAAGCCGAGACGAUCGAUUUGGUUUGAUGUCACAGACAAUCCGGAUGACCAACCACUCUCGUCCUCCACAGCUACAGCCAAAGGCCGCAGCACUGGUACGAUCAAGGCCGCCAAGCUCCAAGAUCGUGUCCGCAGAAGGAUGGCCAGGAAGAUGGAGGAAAUCUUCCAGGCCAAUAGAGCCGCUGGACUCAACACGGACUCAGCUGCCUCAUCCAGUGCUGCAUACAAGGAUCCAGCUUACAGUUCAUCAUGUCAGCGUCUGCAUCAGCUUGGUCAGUCUUGCAAGAGGCAACACAUGCCCCUUUCACUUAGACCUGCCAUGCUCUUUGCCUUCGCCCCUCUAAGGUCCAGCCCACCAGUGGCUCCGACAGGCCAAGUUGACACAGGCGGGGAUCGCUUUACUGAGCGCUUGGCGUUGCAGACCUCUGCACCUAGGUCCGGGCAGCCACCUAGGUGGGUUCCCUGCUUACAAACAUUUGUUGCUCCCUCCACUGGCUACUGCCUGCAACACUUGCGGCUAUCAGGCUCGUGUCUGCCGACAUGUCGGAUGCCCGACGGCAAGCCCGGAUCCUUGCAGGUCCCAUUGUUACCCUGCUGGGGCUUAGAAAGGCCACUGAGCCCUUUCACAUGCGCCUAUCCAGGCCUUGAACGACCAGUGUGCACAUCUACCACCAUGCCGGCCGGGCUCACAUGGACCUACGGUGCCUCCCCACACCGUGAUGAUUAUCGAUGUGCUGUGACUCGAGGUAUGCCAGCUGCACUGGCAACAGGUCCUUCUCUGUUGCACGCUCACUGCACAAUUGCUGUUCAAUCAAGUCACCACACCUGGCAGGGGUGGCCGGAUGCUUUCCUGACUGACCAACCUGAACAUUGUCUGGUGUGCCUUCGACACACCAGACCAUCUGCUGGUCCUGCUUCGGUACGAUGCCCACCUCCACCACCAGGAGCUGGUUUGCAACCCGACGGGCUCUCAGUUCUUGCGACCGUCACUCCCAGGAGGACGAUAGCUCCAUCUAGCAGUUCUUUCAGCCUGCCUCCAGGUCUGUCUUCGCCACUGGGCGCAGGCCAGAGGGUCGAGCAGGCAUCACUCUGGGACUCCUACCUGUCCAACUUCUACUCCGGUCCCAAUUCCGGAGACCGACAUUUUCGUACGGCUGACAACCUGUCAUCUUUCAGACACCAGCUGGUUGUCCAUCUAGCCUCCGAACAGUCGGUAGGGGCGAGGGUUGUGAGCGGCUGCCACCCGCUCACGAGACCGAAACUCACCUUCGUGGUGAGGGACGGGAAGCCGUGGCAGGAGCCCAAUGAACUACACUCUGCUGUGAGGGCAGAUAUGCUCCACCGCAGUCAAAGCCCCGGUAUUUCUUCCUCUACAAACAGGGUCUACCUAUUCGUCUUGUUGCCAUCUGGGCUCCAGCACUUCUACACCUUACCUCUCCUGGCCUUCCUCGUUUUAGGAGGCCUCCCCCUGGAGUACAACCACCAACACCUGCAACCCGACCUAUCCACACCGCUGACAGGUGUCGUCCUCCGUCGACUACUGAUCGACCCAGUCAGGCCCCUGGCACGAGAACUCAGGCCGGUUGCAGUCAACCCCACUGAGUACACAUUUGCCAGGAAGCGAUCUUACAAACGUGCCUUACGUCGUGCUGCACAGGACCAGGCCCAGCAUACGGUUUAUCGAGGCCGUGUCUGUACCCUGCAACAGCUUUGCAAAGGCUAUCGGGGCCAUCGACCCGCCCAGGCUGAGCGUCGUAUGCAGCAGGCCGCUCUGAAAGUCUCCCAGGGACGCUUGUUGUUCCUCUCCUGGAAUGCUGGAGGACUGUCCCAGGCCCUGUGGCAGGAAUUCUUGCUAACACUUGAGAAUAUGCCACCUGACGAUCGACCCCAGAUCGUGUGUGUUCAAGAAACUCAUUGGACGGAUAAGGUGGCACCCCAAUUCCCCACUGCUACGUGGGAUGUGUACACCUCCCCGACCACUGACAACAAAUCUGCUGGGCUCCUGAUUCUCCUCAACAAGCAGACUACCCGUAACUGCAGAAUUGUCUAUGCCGACCCUCAACCGGGUAGGGUGCAACACCUGAGGAUACUCCAUGACCAAUGGGCAGUCGACCUGCUGCACAUCUAUCAAAAGCCGCACAACUCUCAUCCACUCGCCCUGCAAUCCUCCAAAACCAUUCGCUUAGCUGUUUGGGAGUGCAUUGGUAAGAUCCUGGCGGCUCUACCUGCCCGCAACACGGUGAUCAUGCUUGGAGAUUUUAAUACUCAGAUCAAGCCAUGUGCUGCAGCUGGCACCAGGAUCUGUUCAGGCAACAGCUCGGGAACACAUCCACCUGAUCAGGCACGGUUGCAGCAUCUUGUCGAGGACUUCUCCCUCCUACAUCUCAACUCAUGGUGCAAGGCUGCUGGCCCCACGUACCAUCACAACAAAGGUGCCAGCCUCAUUGACCAUAUCAUCAUGCGUUCUUGCCAAGCGGAUGAUCGUGCUCGGCAGGCCAAACCUCUCCGCCUGGGACUAGCUGCAUGGAGACUUGGUGGCUACCAUUUACCACUGAAGGCCAGUAUUCCGCUUCAGCGCUUCCACACUCUCAACAAACCGGUGGCACCCAAACGGACAUGGGAUCAUUGGGGCUUGAUUCAGGUUUGCCGCUCUGCUUGGGAUCCGCGAGUACACAGUCUACGUACUGCCGUUCAGGCAUCCCUACCUGGGGUCACUGAUCUUGGGCAAUUACAUGCUACUCUGAUUCACUGUGCAUCCCAAUUUUUCCCGCCGCCCACAGGUCAGCAUCGGCUAGCGCUGUGGCAGACACCACCAAUGCAAGAUGGUAUCCGAUCCUACCGAGCCUGGAAGACUGCCAAAUCUCAAGAUCGGCACAAUCCGCUUUAUGUAUCCAGGUGCUAUCAUCACUUCAAGACGGCACACAAGGCCUUUCGUCAAGCCGGGAAAGAAGCUAAGAAGCACUGGUUCCAUGGCAGGCUCCAGGAAUUACAGGCUGCCGCCUGUUCGGGUGACUCCCGCAAACUUUAUGCUGGCAUCCGCACCCUUGCUCCUAAAUCCUCCAAGCCGAAGGUUCAACUGCGCGAUUCUGGUGGUCAUCUGCAGGACCCGAAGAUCCAGCUACAACAGCUGGAAACGCACUAUCGUAAACUUUAUGCUGCAGACGAGGAUACCAGCAUCCAGGGCCCUCAGCGGACACCCAUUCACAUCGAGGUCACGGAGGCCGAAAUGACCCUGGCACUUUCGCAAUUGUCGCCCCACAAAGCUACACCUCCGAAUCUAGCCACAAACUCUUUAUGGAGGCUGACCUCGGACAUUGUCGCGCCUCUCUCGUGCCAAUGGUGCCGGCAAUGGCCUCAUAUACCAGAGCUUUGGCGGAAUGCAUGGUUGACUCUCGUUCCGAAGAUUCCGCGACCACUCUCACCCAAGAAUCUCAGACCAAUAGGGUUAACUGAAUCCAGCGGCCGCGCAUAUGCUUCCAUACUUCAGGCGAAACUGCGCCCCUAUGCAGAGAGGUUCCUUACGGACCAGGCACAAUUUACAUAUCUACCGGGUCGCAAUGCUGCUCAAGCCAUACAUCGUGUUGCUGCUCACUGCAAGUAUGUCCAGGAUCGCUGCUCGAUCUCAACACCCACGGUUGUGGAUCGUCACGCACAACAACCGAAGCCCUGCCCACAUUUUGCAGGUGCACAACUCUCACUGGACUUGUCCAGCGCUUUCGACCUCAUGGACUGGCGCUUGCUGGACAAGGCAUUGCUUGCAUCUGCAGUCCCGGCUGAGUUAAGACACCAAAUCAUGUCCUGGCACUCCGAGAUUUCCUAUGUCCUUACCCACCUUGGGCACACUGCCAAAGUGGAGGCCCAAAGAGGACUUAGACAAGGGUGUAAACUGGCUCCGUUGCUCUGGACACUUGCCCUGGCACAGAUAUAUCGUGAGCUCCUUGCAGAGGGGGACCCGCUCCUCACAGCCCCUUGGCUAGAGCAAAGCUCCACGAUUUAUGCAGAUGAUAUACAUCUUAAAGAUACCGUGCAGAACACUCGUGAGCUGGACGACAUGGUGCAUCGCUUUAGUAAGAUCCUCGAUGCUCUUGCCGCCCAUGGUAUGGUCAUCAACUCGGCCAAAUCAGCACUGUUGCUGAGACACAAGGGAAGUUUCAUCAAAGGCUGGCUGCGACGACAUCUCAUACACAAACCCGAGGGAGAUCUACUACGCUUUCGUAGCCCCCUGGGAAAGGUGUAUGAAAUUCCGUUGCGUGACCAUCACACGUACUUAGGCAUUCGCAUCUCAUAUCAUUCCCAGGCCAAACAAGCAGUCACCUAUCGCCUACAGGCUGCGAACCAGGCAUGGCAAAGACUUCGUGGUGUACUGUGCUCUACCAGGCACCUUGCUCAGACACAUCGUCUCAGUCUAUGGAAAUCCACAGUGCUUCCCACGCUGCUCUAUGGCAUAGCGGCAUCCAACCCAGGUGCCAAGGAUAUCCAGCGUAUGCAGCACAUGAUGACCAAGCAGGUUCGAGCCAUCACCCGAUCUUUUGCACAUCUUCAGAAAGAAUCCACACUCGACCUCCUGCACAGAUGCUCUCUGUUUACCAUCUUGGAGCAUCUCCAGAGGGAAGCCGCCGCCUUGCAUCGCAGCCUGACUGGCCUGAGCACCCAAACGAGCUUCGUGACCCAAGCCCAGGUGGAAACAGCUCGAGACACAGCUGCUACGCUCCACCUACAGGUGCAACGCCAAUGGCAGGUACCUCUCGGUGACAAAGAAGGCAUCACUGACCCUGCAGUACACCAGUGCCAGGAAUGUCAUCGGGUCUUCACCUCCUUUCGGCUCCUCCGCUCUCACGAGGCUAAGUGGCAUGGACUCAAGACACCUGCUGCCGUCCCGGUGCCUUUUGAUAGGUAUGCACAUGGAACAGAAGGACUUCCAACGUGCAGACAUUGUGCCCAUCCCUUCCGACAAUGGGACGGACUUGUCAAACACAUCAAACGCAAUCGGUGCCAGGUACUCCGUAGACUUGCCACACAACCUCCUGCUGAUGCCCAACCCUUGGCUCCGAGAUCAAAUGAAUCCGAUCCUUUACCAGUCCUUGCCCCGGUCACCCUGCCACCUCAGGACUCCUCUCAGGAGACCUACAUCCUACAAGAAGCUCAGGCUGCUACGCCUACUCCUAUUCCGGUCGUUAUACCUGAACCCCCUGUCACAGACGCUCCACUGCAGGACAGCUCCACUACACCGAGCCAUGAGGCUGUUCCCCUUCAUCAGCAAUCUCAUGUUCUCGCAACGCUACGUGCACGCAGGUGGACUGACCUCCUUGAGAAGCCGGAGAUUCACUCGUAUCUCCAGCACCACUGCCCGCUGUGUUAUCAGUGGCUAGCCACUCCUACCAGCAUCAAGUAUCAUCUCACCAUGCAACAUCCAGAGUGGAAAGACUGCCAACCUGCGACUCUCAAGCUCCUUACUGGUUUCCGCCGACAUACUGUAGUUCCAUGUCGCUACUGUCAUCAGCGAAACAUCAACAAAGAUCGACAUUGGAAACAGUGUCAUCAGAGCAUCAUGACGCUCACCGCGGAUCCCAUGGAGCUGGACGAACAGGAGAGGCAAUUUUGGGCCCAGGCUGGUCCGGUCAAACGGGACCGGACCAAGGGCAAGGGCAAGGGUACCAAGGGCAAAGGCAAGGGAAAGCAGGGCCUACCAAGUCCACCCAGUGCACACCCGACCAUGGGUUACACAAAUGGUUUCGGAAGCCAUCCACCCAAUCCCUGGACACAGACACAGGACCUGCAGCCACUGGGAAGUCAGGAUCCAGAAUGGAUGGAGUACAGGAUGAAUCGACUAUCUCAGCUGGUCCUUCGUCAGGAGCAAAUCAUCUCAGCCAUCCGUCAGGAUCUGGUCCUCUACCUCUUUGUACGAUCAGGGCAAGAAGGGAUGGUGCCAGUUCUAUGCGAAGCAGCGGAGAAGUGGAGGAAGAUGAAAGAGGAAGAACCCGAGAAGAUCACUUACUCCCUCAAACUCAUGCUAUUCAAGCAACUGCUCAUCACCCUACACCAGAGGUUGACCAACAUGAUCGCGGACGAGGAUGCUCUCGCCAAAGCCAAGAACCUGAACUGGAUCGACGAUCAGAAACAUUGGAAACAUCUCACAUGGAAUCCUUCCAAACAAUGUCUGGAAGUCGACAACUCAGUGAGGCCAAUACCGGCGGAGGAUCUGUUGGCCCAACUGGUUCAGAUGAGGAAGGCUGUUACGGAGGAGACCCUGGUGAGGUUCAAGUCCAUGCGGAAGCUCACCACGGAGGUGACCUCCGACUGGAUCCAAUUCCAGAUCUGCUUGUCACUUCGCCCAGAGGGAGGAGCCAUGUGGAGUACGCUGAACCAGUGGAUCGGUCAAGCAUCGUGGCACACACUGGGAUGCAGGCUCCGUCGCGAUCGACCGAACUACGACACCCUGGCCGUCCUUCGAUUGAUCUUCCACAAUCCAUCGAAUUUGUGCUACCUACACUCUACCAUCUAUGCCCUUCUGUGGACAAUCCUUCAGGCUAGGCUACACGAUGCCUACAUCUCGCCUCCACCGCAGGCUCUUACUAUGCUGUGUCCACCAAUCACUGAUUCGCCUAAUUGUCCCAUUCAGGUGCUCCAUUCGGUACCGUGGCUUAUGCUGCUGCAAGCUUGGCCUUCUGUACAUCGUCAGCAUGAUGCAGCUGAGUUGAUACAAUACCUCUUACCCAGGUUCUCGCAUAGUGGGUUCAAUGGUGGCUGGGAGGCCAGAAACUUUGCACCUGGAGGUAUUGUCACUCUUGAUACGGGGCCUACCCAAGCUCCAAUUACGAUUGUGCUACCGGCAGGUCCAAGCUUGGAGCUUCAGGCAGCCAUUGAUGGGUGGAGUGCUCAGGUCACAGCCCGUUAUGCACUGCUGACCCCGUCUCCCAUGCUCUGCAUACAACUUCAGCGCUUCGCGAAUGCCGAGGGAGUCAUGCGCAGGGACACCAGACCACUGGCUGUGGCCUCGACUACAGUUCGUAUGCCACUCUUUACAGGACUGCACACUAUGCAAGUUCGCUAUGUUCACUACCAGGUCGUCGCUGUACAGCUUCACUACGGGGCCACUCCUGAUAUGGGGCAUUACAGAACUAUCCUACGAGGACAGCCGCUGUUUGGUGCAGAAAAAUGGUGCUCCUGCACAGCAAAGCCAGUUGGCACAGAACACGAUGGCAACAUAUACAUAGUGUGGCUACGUCAGGUACUCCCUCCUGGUGCCUGA